UGGGCCUUCGUCAUAGUUCUUCACAAUCUCUCUCUCUCUCUCUCGGAGGUAACCAAGACGAACGCCGGGACGGUGGCUGCGAGGAAAUCCGGUGAGAUCGCCUGCGAAGAGUCGAUUGGAAUCACGAGGGUCUUCUUCGCUUAGGGUUUCUCGGUUUCAGUUGGUGGAUCAGAAUCAUGAACUACCUGAUUGGUGCAUUCAAGCGACAUUGUGACAUUUCAAUCAUAUUUUCUGAUGGCAAAACUCGAAAGAAGGCUUCCAUGAAGAAGGAGAAUGGUCAGACUGUGAUGGUCCCACUUUUUCAAAGCCAGGAAAAUAUAGCUGGGGAGGUGAUUAUAGAACCCCUUCAUGGGAAAAAGGUUGAACACAAUGGUGUCAAAAUUGAGCUUCUUGGGCAGAUAGAGCUUUAUUUUGACCGAGGGAAUUUUUACGACUUCACCUCUUUAGUUCGUGAAUUAGAUGUUCCUGGUGACUUAUAUGAAAGGAAAACAUAUCCAUUUGAGUUUUCUACUGUUGAGAUGCCAUACGAGUCAUAUAGUGGGGUGAACGUUAGAUUGAGGUACAUCUUGAAAGUAACAAUUAGUCGUAACUAUGUCAGCAACAUUGUGGAGUAUCAGGAUUUCCUGGUUCGCAACUAUUCUCCACCUCCAACUAUCAACAACAGCAUCAAGAUGGAAGUUGGAAUAGAAGAUUGCUUACACAUUGAGUUUGAGUACAACAAAAGCAAGUACCAUCUGAAAGAUGUUAUCUUGGGGAAAAUAUACUUUCUUCUGGUAAGAAUCAAAAUUAAAAAUAUGGAGCUUGAGAUUAGACGUAGAGAAUCCACUGGAUCGGGGCCUAAUACAUACGUGGAGACAGAGACCCUCGCAAAAUUUGAAUUGAUGGACGGUGCUCCUGUCAGAGGUGAAUCAAUUCCAAUUAGACUCUUUCUGAGCCCAUAUGAAUUGACACCGACAUACCGAAAUACCAACAACAAAUUCAGUGUGAAGUAUUUCCUCAAUCUUGUUCUCUUGGACGAAGAAGAUCGCCGGUAUUUCAAACAGCAAGAAAUCACCAUUUACCGCCUGCAAGAAACAUAAUAUUAUGGGUCUACAACCUUCAUGAAAAAAACGUUAUAAGUUUCGGCUACUUCUUAGUAGUAGACAAAACAUGUAGUUUUUUCCUAUUCUGUGAAUCAUAUGUGAAUGUGUUUUAUGUUGUCUUU